GUCACUUGUCAGUUAUGUGUCAUAACUGUCACUACUUAACCUCUUUAACAAACUCAAAACACUAAACUAUAAAGUUGAAAAGAACCUUGUAAAAUGUUUAAAAAGUUUGAUGAGAAGGAAAGCGUGUCCGGUGUCUUGCAGUUGAAAUCAUCGGUACAAAAAGCAAUCAGAACCAAAUUGUUGGAAAGUUAUCCCCAUUUGGAAAACUACAUCGAUACUAUUUUACCAAAAAAGGACUCGUUGAGAAUCAUAAAAUGUCAUGACCAUAUUGAAAUAAUAGUGAACUCAGCAGGAGAUUUGCUGUUUUUUAGACAUAGAGAAGGACAGUGGAUGCCUACCUUAAGAUUGUUUCAUAAAUAUCCAUUCUUUUUGCCUAUGCAACAAGUUGAUAAGGGAGCUAUUAGAUUUGUUUUAAGUGGUGCUAAUAUCAUGUGUCCUGGUUUGACAUCGCCUGGAGCGAAAAUGACUGAGGUUCCAAAGGAUACAAUUGUGGUAUGUAUGAACAAGGCAAAAAUCUGCCAUUGACUUCAGUUUGAGAAAAACAACAAACAGAUACUUAUGCUAGAGGCUAUUAUGGCAGAAGGUAAAGAUCAUGCUCUGGCCAUUGGAAAAACCACCUUGUCAACAGAAGAAAUAGCCAAAAUCAAUAAGGGAAUCGGGGUAGAAAAUUGCCAUUAUUUAAAUGAUGGUUUAUGGCAGAUGAAACCUGUUAAAUAAGUUAUUGUUAAGCUAAUUUAUUAGAAAGUAUCACAAUUUUUAUAAUUGGAUGAAUAAAUGAUUUUUGGUGUAUCAUAGUAGCAUUUUUAGGGCGCUACUGACAUACGAAAGAAUUCUGGGUAGAUAGGUGCGGGAAGAAAUGAGCAAGUGUAUUAUAAAAAUACGUAUCUAAAAAAAUAUAUUUACAAAUACAGCUAUA